AUGGCGCAUAAUAAGCGAGGCGGCCGGGAGGAUCGUUACUUGAGACUUCUUUUCAAUUGGAACGCUCACGCCGACCUACGCUACAUCUGUUCGAAGGAUGUACUUUCACGACGGGCCCGCACAACCCCCGCAGACAAUACCGAGUUAUCGUUCCGACUAAACAAGUUUUCGAGUGGGGAUGCCAUCGCUUAUCUGUUCGGGCGCAUGUGGGCUUGCCUCGGGGCAUUAAGUGCCACUAUAAAGCGGCCCCCUCGCCGCCCCGCGGCGCCUCGUAAAGUCGACCGUGGAAGGGAAUGGGCUUAUAAACCGAGGUGCCCGAUUAAGCUGGUCGCCGCG